AUGGACAUGCUCUGCAGCGAGGGCCCCUCAUCUCUGUCGCACCAGGUGCCCAGCGACGCGCGGCAGCCGCCGCCGCCGCCGGGGAGGUCGCUGCCGCAGUUCGGCGACGCGGCGCGCCCCUCCGCCAGAGACGCGCUGGACGACUUCCCGGCGCCAGCGGUGGCGCCGCUGGAGCGCCCGCUGUACGACUGGCCCUUCGAGCCCGCGGGCCCCGCCGACGCGGCGGCCGGCGGGUCUACCCCGAGGAGGCACUUGGAGGCGGCCGCCCCGACGAGGCAAAAACUCUUGGAGGGGUCGCCGAAGGGCAUCGUGGCGAACGGCGCCGAAUUCCAGGCGCUCGGCGAAGCCGGCUGCUCCUGGACGCCCCGCGGCAGCGCGGCCCGCAUGAGGACCCCGAGCACGCCCCCGCUGCUGCCGCCGGUGCACACGCCGCGCGGAUGA